AUGUCGGGAUACCCAGGCCAAGGCGGCUACGGCGCCCAGCAGCACAACGGAGGCGCUUCGGGCUGGGGAUAUGGAGGUAGUCCUGCCCCAGGAUACGGCCACAAUGGUCCGCCUCAGUACGGCGGCUACGGUGGCCCUCCCCAACAAGGAUACGGCGGCCCCCCUCCUCAGGGAUAUGGCGGUCCUCCUCCCCAGAGAUACCACGGUGGUCCUCCUCCUCAGGGCUAUGGACCGCCGCAGGGCUAUCACGGAGGUCCUCCCCCUCCUCCCCAGUACAGUCGCCCCCCGCCGCAGAACCAGUAUCCUCCUCCGAACCGACCGCCACCUCCGGGCCACGACGCUUACGGCUAUCCCAUGCAAGGCAUGGGCGCCGGCCAGCGGACGGGACCUCCCCCGCCCACGGGUGCGCAGGCAUUUGGUCACGGCGCGCCGCAGGGCUACACUUUCCAGUACUCCAACUGCAGUGGUCGACGCAAGGCGCUGCUCAUCGGCAUAAACUACUUUGGCCAAAAGGGCGAGCUGCGCGGCUGCAUCAACGACACGAAAAAUGUGUCGCGAUUCCUCAACGAGCGCUACGGCUAUAAAUGGGAGGACAUGGUCAUCCUGACGGAUGACCAGCAGGACCCGCGCAAGAUUCCCACAAAGCAAAACAUGCAGCAAGCCAUGGAUUGGCUAGUUCGUGAUGCGCAGCCCAAUGAUGCUCUCUUUUUCCACUACUCCGGACACGGCGGGCAGACCGAAGACUUGGACGGCGACGAAGACGACGGCUUCGACGAAGUCAUCUACCCCGUGGACUUCCAGCGCGCUGGCCACAUUGUCGAUGACGAGAUUCAUUACAGGGUUGUUCGCCCACUCAAGCCUGGUGUGCGCCUCACGGCCAUUUUCGACUCUUGCCACUCCGCCACUGCCAUGGAUCUGCCCUAUGUCUACUCCACCAAGGGUGUCCUCAAGGAGCCCAACCUGGCCAAGGAAGCUGGACAGGGACUGCUGAGCGCCAUCGGCUCGUAUGCGCGCGGUGACUUGGCUGGCGUGGCCUCGACCGUCUUUGGCUUUGCAAAGAGUGCGUUCAAGGGCGACGAUGCGUACGAGAAGACGAAACAGACCAGGACGUCGCCCGCCGAUGUUGUCAUGUGGUCUGGCAGCCGAGACGACCAGACAUCUGCCGACGCCACCAUUGAUUCGCAGGCUACCGGCGCCAUGUCGUGGGCUUUCAUCACGGCGAUUAAGCAGAACCCGAACCAGAGUUAUGUGCAGCUCCUCAACAGCAUCCGUGACGUGCUGGCGUCCAAGUAUACCCAGAAGCCGCAGCUUUCGUGCUCUCACCCUCUUGAUACGAAUCUUCUUUUCGUCAUGUAA